CUUUCCGGAAUUCUGAUGGGACGAAAAUGGCAAAAGAGUCGUCGAAAUACGCAAACAAUAAGCCAACAUUCAGAACCUCUGAAAAGUGCAUCAAUGACAAUGCCAACACCUGUAUUGUCCAGCCAUUCAGGACCACCACCUGCAGGAACACAGCAGCAACAAGUGAAGAAAUCUCCAAAAGAUUUCAUAUUUGGAAAACUAAUUGGAGAAGGGUCAUUCUCAAUGGUGUAUUUGGCAAAGGAUAUCCGUUCAGGCAAAGAAUAUGCAAUCAAAGUCUGUGAAAAAGUUCACAUCCUUCGGGAAAAGAAACAGAAAGCUAUUAUGAGGGAGAAACAGAUUAUGAAUAUACUCAAUGAUCAUCCCAGCCCCUUCUUCAUCAAGUUGUUCUGUACUUUCCAAGAUACAGAUCGACUUUAUUUUGUAAUGAACUAUGCAAAACAUGGAGAACUCUUGCCUUAUAUAAUUAAGGUGGGAUCUUUUGAUGAAGAAUGCACCAGAUUUUAUGGAGGAGAAAUUCUAUUAGCUCUGGAACACUUGCAUAAAUUAGGAAUAAUUCAUAGAGACUUGAAGCCAGAAAACAUUCUUCUAAAUGAACAGAUGCAUAUUCAAAUAACAGAUUUUGGGUCAGCCAAAGUUCUAGAUAAUUCUUCAGAUUUAAAUACAGUCAAUGCAAGGAAGAAUUCUUUUGUUGGGACUGCUCAAUAUGUUUCGCCAGAAAUGUUAACAGACAAAAGUGCUGCUCCAAGCUCAGACUUGUGGGCCAUGGGAUGUAUUUUAUAUCAGAUGGUAUCAGGACUGCCUCCUUUCCAAGCUUCAACUGAGUACCUAAUAUUCCAGAAAGUCAUAAAAUUGGAGUAUGAUUUUCCUGAUGGAUUUCACCCAGAGGCAAAAGAUCUUGUACAGAAACUGUUGGUCAUUGAGCCCUCACAGAGACUAGGUGCUACAGAUGAAGGUGGUUACUCUUCCAUCAAGAAGCAUCCUUUUUUUAGAGAUAUGCCAUGGGAAAAUCUUCAUAAUGAAACACCUCCCCGCAUUCUUCCUUAUUUGCCUGGAACUUCCAGUAAUGAGGAACUGCGUAGUCAGUAUCAUGUUCCUGAUCAUUUAGAGCCAGGGUUAGAGGACAAGCAAAUGACUAGGUUGCUUGGUCUGGCUCUUCAUGAAGAAGAAGAAGAAGCAAAACUGAAACCUGCAAAGAAGCCAUCAAUUCUGGACAUUUCUCCCAGUGAGAUGGCUCGAAGACUGGAGGUUCAGGCUCGUGAUAACUCUUGGCAUCGUUUUGUACAAGGCAACCUAAUACUGAAGCAGGGACUAGUAGAUAAAAGAAAGGGUCUCUUUGCUCGCCGACGAAUGUUACUUUUGACAACAGGGCCACAUUUAUUCUAUGUAGAUCCUGUUAAUAUGGUAUUGAAAGGGGAGAUACCUUGGUCUCCUGAGUUACGACCAGAGCCAAAAAACUUCAAGAUAUUUUUUGUGCACACUCCUAACAGAACAUAUUACCUAGAAGAUCCUGAAGGCUAUGCUCUGGAGUGGUGUCGGGUUAUUGAUGAAGUACGGUGGGCAACCUAUAAGGUUCAAUAGUGCUAAUAUUGCAUCUUCCUAUUUGUGUAAAUGUACAUAGCAGGAUGAGAUAGUGUGAUAAUUCAUCACAUUGGAAAAUUAAUCUAUUUGUUGCAAGACAGUUCCCAACUUACUUGAGUUUUUGAUUUAUAUAUUUGUGUGUUUGUAUUGCUGUGGAUACAUAAAAAUAUCAUUAGGUCAAACAGACGAAACCUUUAGAUGUAGAAAGGUGUCCGCAGACAAUGAACUUCUGAAAAUCAGAUUAUCAUGAUAAUUUGUUUUAAAUACUUAGUGUGUUCUUCCUCAACUAUUAACUACUUCUUAAUCUAGAGAAACUGAAAAGGGUAUUGUAAUGAAUGAAUUGUAAAACAUAACCAGCUUUGAUUAAGAAUGCAUUUCAAAUGUAUGUAGACUAAAUAGUUUGUAUUAGGUAUGAUACUUAGAACAACCUUAAAACAGCACAUAUCCUUCACUAGAAGUAGUUUGUUGUACAUUCCAGACUUCAAAUAAACACCUUUCACUACAAAAAAAA